AUGCCACUUGUCGCGCGCAUUCAUUGUUCACUUCCCUGGCCUUGGCCUAACGAUGACCCGCACAUAAACAAUAACUUGGCGAGAGCAAGCAUGUCGUGGGACACUCUUGUGCCCUUUCUAGUCUGGCAGUUCCUGAUCCCUCUGGCUGCUGGCUGGGCGCAGAGCAUUCUCUACAGCAUUUUCAUUCGAGCGGGUGACCCUAAACCGCAGCCAGGCUCCGCACGCUUUAUCAAACACCGCCGACAUAUCCUCAUCGCCAUCUACGUUGCCUAUUUCGCCUUCACUCUAUAUGAGGUCGACUUCAACCUCCAAAGAUCAAGCAACGCGUACAAUGACCUAGGCGUACCGAUCAACAUAAACGAGAGCGGGCUGAACUCGCACUUCAGGAAGCUCACUCUACGCUUCCACCCUGAUAAGCUUGGUUCUGGUGUCGAUAGGGACGCUGCAAAUGCUUACUACAUUCACUUGAAGCACGCACGCGACAUCAUUCUAGACCCCACGAAGCGCUUCGCACACGAUCGUUUUGGUCCGGAUAUCUUCACACAGUGCCAGUCAUGUUUGACAGUCAAGGAUUACGUUGACAGCGCCUUGCUGAGUGCUUUGACAAACUACGGCGUCUUGUUCGUCUUUCUCAUUGGUGCAAAUGCCCUAGGCUUUCUCAAGGACGGCUCAUACUGGCGAUACCUUGGACUCCUCGCAGUAGCGACCUUCGAAGUACGCACCGCUAUGCGACCAGAUCAUCCUGCGAUCCUGGCUGAAUACUUGAACCCGCUGGUGGCUUCCUUCAACCUGCGGCCCGCCUACCUCCCCUUUCAGGCCAUUGCCAUCGCCAAGAAGGCCUCCAUAUCAGCCGCUCAGUUUUUGGCCUUGCUGAUGCCGUUAUAUCGUAUGGACCCUGAACAUCCCACACAGCCCACGGACGAUACCGAAAACACACAGCACCAGCAGCUCGAUCGUUUGAGCGCAUUCGUGGCCGAGUCGAACAAGGAUGCCUCGCGGUUGCUGGAGCUUGAGUCGACACCCUACAGGGAGAACGAGAAGGCGAAGAGCGAGCUACGGGAGGCGCUGAAGAAGUACAUGGUGCAGAACGUGGUGCAUCAGGAAAGAGAAGUUCGGAAUGCUAUCGGACAGAGCAUGGCGAAACGAAGGAGUGGUGUGCCUCACGGUGCCCAAGGAACAAAGUAA